CCGCAACAGGGUUACAGGGAUGACCUUGAUCGGCCAGAUUUUCUUCGCACCUGUGGCUGGGAGAAGACGAACAAGAACAAGACCAGUACACUAACCCGCAUUCUCCUUUGUGAUGAUUCGCCGGCAAACCCGUGAGCGUCGCCAGUACAUCUAUGCCAAGUCUCUAGAGGCUCAAGAACGUCAGACGUACGAGCGGAAACAGCAGCUCAAGGAUGCCCUCGCCGCGGGGAAGGCACUCCCGACGGAGUUGAGGAAGGAGGCGCAGACCUUGGGGAAGGAUUUGGCGUUCGAUGAGGCUCAGGCCGACCCGACAACGCACAUCGACAACGAGUACUCUAUGGCUGGUAUCCAAGACCCGAAGAUCAUUGUCACAACGUCUCGAGACCCGAGCUCGAAGCUGCAGCAGUUCGCGAAGGAGAUGCGACUGGUCUUCCCGAAUUCACAUCGAGUGAACCGAGGAAACUAUGUCAUGAAGGAGCUGUCGGAGGCAUGCAGAGCCAACGACGUGACCGACCUUGUCAUCCUACACGAACACCGCGGCACGCCAGAUGCCAUGAUUGUCUCCCAUUUUCCUCAUGGCCCCACCGUCUUUUUCACCCUCCACAAUGUUCAGCUGCGACAUGACAUCGGCACAUACAAGGAGUCGACAGUCUCUGAGCAGUACCCACACCUCAUCUUCGAAAACUUCAACUCACGGCUGGGUGAGCGGAUGCGGGACGUACUGAAGUACCUCUUCCCGGUACCGAAGGAGGACAGCAAGCGGGUGAUGACCUUCUCAAACGAGGACGACUUCAUCUCCUUUAGACAUCAUGUCUUUGUCAAGAUCCCGCCACGCCAGGUCCAGCUCGCGGAGGUUGGCCCCCGGUUUGAGAUGAAACCAUACGAAAUACGACAAGGCACGAUCGAACAGACUGAGGCAGAGCGCGAAUGGGUCCUCGCGCACUACUCACGAACAGCAAAAAAGCGAUCGCUGUUGACCGGGCCAUCACGACCAUUGGCCUCCGCAGAGUCAGAACAACCCAAAAAGAAAGCACGUCGAUAGUGAGACAUGUUUUCCGAGCUCAAUCCGAGCUCAACAUCUUUCCGACUGCUGAAAUGGCCACCUUGGCCGCCCUACGCUACGUUGUGUCUCCGCUGGGGCCACUACGCGACUUCGGUUGCACAAACCGCUCUCACACUAUGUCGCUCGAUCUCUGGUAUAUG